AGAUACGUAUGUAUUUAGAUACGUACGUACAUAUGCAUUUAUGUAUGUAUAAGGAUCGACGAGGAGGAGGACGAUGAUGCUGUCGAAGGAAUGCUGUUGCGUAUCGAUCGGUAUCGUCGUCUCGUCGAAACGACGACGAUCCUUCGUUCCUUCCUCGUCCAAACUUCGAUGAGAACGUCGCCUUCUUCUAAACGAUGCUCCCCCACUAAGUAAAACUAGAGUUGACCAAGUGAAUAAAGAAAGAACGAGAAAGAAAGAGAUAGAUAGAUAGAGAGGGAUCUGAACCCGUAUGGUAUAUAAUAACAUCAUAACAUUGUGCGGAAUAAGUUCUUUCAUCAUCUCGUGUUUGCUUUCUAUCGUAGAGAGGACAUCACGAUUAUUACGAUAAGUUGAUACUUUUUUGUAAGUUGGAUCAAAAUUGAAUUGUAACGAACGAGAUUAGAAUGAUACAUUAUUUAAAAAUAUAAUGCACAAUAAUAAAAUAGAAAACUAAUAUAACAGCGUGUCGAAGAAAAAUAUCAAAGAUUAUAAUUACCGAUCAUUUCAAGUUAUUUUUUUUCGUUUCAUAUUUCAUACAUUCUUUCUCUUGAUUUUAAAUUCGCGUUCAAAUCCGCGCUCAAAUCUGCGAAGAAAAAGUUGCCGUUCUUUUCCCCAAAGGAAACUUUUUAUCCCAUUUCAAAAGAUUCGACUAAGUCGAUACGUGUUUGACUUUUUUAUUUUUUUUUAUUCCUAUUCCGCUUAAGAACAAAUCCGUGUUACUUUAACAACUUUUAUCUACAUCUUUAUUUGUUUUAUUUUCUUAAAUUCCUCGAUACACACUUAACACGAUUCCUCGACGAUUUAAAGCUGAGAGCUUGGAAUAAAGUGCAUAAAAUAUCCCGUAUCUCAUUGGAUGGCUUUAAUCCGCGUUACACACAAUCAGACAUUGACGCGUAGUAAUCACGCGCAGAACGCGCGCAUUGAUACACUUCGAUGUAUUAAUGCGCGUUUCACGCGUGUAAAUCUUGUUAGAUAGAAAAAGAUAGAUGUAUAUAUAUAUGUGGUGUGUGUGUGUGUGCACAGUAUUUACUACAUAGCGGGUGCAAAAAGCUUUCGUUAGUAUGAAGGGAAAGGGACGAUAGAAAAAAAGAGAAAGAAAAAGAGUGUGUACAUUAAACAAAAAAAAAAGAAAAAAAAGAAAGGAAGGGAUCGUUCAGUGAAUGCGUACACACAUUGAAACUCGGAAAAAGGUGGAAAAAUCGGUGACGCUUAUCGAUGAAACGCCGAAGGGCGUUUAGGAACGGUAGAGAUAUGCGCGUUAAAUUCUCCCUUAUAAAAACACACCUGUUUAUACCGUGUUAUUUACGCUUAGCGUUGACCUUUCCAAUUCCUGAAUCAGCCUUAUCGAAAGAUGAUGCCCUUACUUUUUUUUUAUCUCCUCUUUCUUCUUUCAUCUCAGCAGGGUGAGGACGCGAUAAUGUGGUAUCAACAUUUUUGGGAUAGGAGAGGUACCUGAAUGAAGUGGAUGUUAAAAGGAGAGACAGCAAUGUUGUGUUGCAUCAAUCCCGUAUGGAUCGAGGAUAAAUAUAAACGAAGAUAUUAAUAAUAAAUACAAACAGGAAAAAAGAGGAAAAUUUUUAGAGUUUUGUUUUCUUUUUUUUUUUUUUAUAUAUAUAACUAUAUAUAACAUAAAAAAUGUAUAAAAGUGAUCGAGAUUAAUAAAUUGUAGGGCAAUAGUAAUUGUUCGUUAAUUCGACGGUACGCGUUGAAAAGACUAUUUGAAAUAAUUGUAAUCCAAAGUGUUAGGAGAAAGUGGAACGCGACAGUAGAGGGACAAAAGAGGAUUCGGCAUGUUCUGUGCCGGUGUCAAAAGUUGGCUCGAAACAUUGGGCGGGGAGGUGGUGGAGGCGGAGGAGAAGGAGGAAGAGAAAAAGGAAAAGAAGGAAACAGUGAGGGAAGAAGAGGUGAAUGUGAAGGUGGUUAAAAAGGUGGUGCUAGUGUUGGAGGAGGAAGAGGUGGAGAAGGAGGAGGAGGUAUGGAAGCUGAAACCGGUCGAGCGUCGUCUCAUCACCAGGGGCUGCAGCUCACCCUGCCAUCCCCGGGAAUCUCCGGAUUGGACGUCGUGAGAGCUCUGCAUCAGACGGUUAUAUCACUGCGAUCCGCAUUGGAUUCAUCGCGCGAAGAACUACGUCGAUUGAAGGAAAGUGUUGGUGAAUUUUCCGAGGAGAAAUACGUCGAGGUGGUUGAAAGGUUAGCCCUGGAGAACCACGUUCUAAGACGUAAGAUACUUAGCAGAAGUACCGACUUUUCCAACGAUGCUGCUACGAGUCCGCAGCCGCCGUCGCACCAGCCUCGUUUUGUUCCACUUCAAGUAGAAGACCCUACCGAGCAAUCAUCAUCAGUAGACACGGCUAGCGCCACGAUGGAUGCGUCAGGGAAUAAAAUUGUCGUCGAGGAGACGUCAGAAACGAUCAGAACGAGUGGAACCCGGCGAAGUAUCGGUAGCUCGAGCCCGGAAACUCAAGCUCGUAGUACAUCGGUAAUACGCCGCGUUCGUCGUGAGUUUCCAUCCUUACCUUCGGAAACAACAACUCAACAACAACAACAACAACAACAAGUAGAAGAACAACAGCAACAUCAACAGCAUUCCUCAAGGGAUGGAACACAAUCUAGAUGUAAUCUAGGUCAGGAUGAGUCCGGUAUCAGUGGUCUAAUAUCGGUGCUGUCUAAAGAGAGUCAAGAAGAAGACAUUUGCGGAGAUGAUGUUCAGGACGAUUGUCAGGACGAUAACGAUGGUUCUGUUGUAAUAGAUCGUCUUGAUUUACCAGAAAAAGAUAGCGAAGAUUUGAGCCUUAGAUCUGUUUCCGACGGUGAUAAUUCUGUCUUCAGUGAUAAUCCUGAACCUCAGUCGCCGCCGCAGCAAAGAUCUAUGCAACAACAAAGUCAACAGCAACAACAACAGCAACAACAACAACAUCAGCAUAGGCAACAGAGUCAAUCGGGUGAACAGGGGAAAUUAAAUGAUCAAUCUGAAAAUGAUUCGGAGGAACUCGAUGACAUUGAAUUAAUAUUUACGACAGAUGAUACAUGUAGGGAUUUAGGUCUUCAAGAGGAUCUCGUUUCAAUAACGGAAACUGAUGCUUGGCAGCAACCAAAUCCUGCUGGGCAACCGGCUCAUCUAAAAUAUAACAAAUCUUCCGAAGGAGAGUCUCUUGUUUGUAACGGUGAUAAGACCAGCUCCGUUGAAGAAGCAGUCUCAUCUCAAAGUUCCAGUAUCGAUCGCGAAGAAAGCGUCGAUCGAUUCGACGAAAGUUCUAGUACUAGACUAAACAAGAUGUGGUCUCAAUGUUCCGUUCUCGUUGAAACUGACAUCAGCAAGUGUGGUGUACUUGAGGAACCUGAACAUUUAACUAGGCAUGCAACUAGGAGAAACACUUUGGCUGCACCUCCGACUGCUUACAGGCCAAUAAUACAUCGGGAAGCUUUGGCUGGUGGUCGAAGAAAAAGUUCAGCACCUCUUCGUCCUGUAAUGGAUCGUAGUAGUGGUGCCAAACGCGAGUCAGGAGCACAAACCGACAUUUCGGCCCUCCCGGCACAAUGGCGUUCGGAAAGCUAUCUCGCACAUAAAGUGGCUCACACGUUUACAACGCUUCCAAGUAAAUUCGCAUUGCCGACUGGUGUACCCGGGAGGCUCAGGCUGUCUGACAAGACACGCGAAGCAAGACGAGUUUUACUCUCGGACAUCAGUUUCACCAGCAUGGUACCAGAAUUGUCAAGAAGUGCUGAUCAUCUUUGUCACGAUCCUCAUGCACAGACUUGUUUAGGAUCUCGAGGAUGUGGACACCGUACACCGGAAGUUCAUCGUCGCGAAUCCUUAGGAUCACCAGCAAGUUAUUGGCCUCGUUGUAAUCUGGGAACGACUUUACCAAGUCCUUGCGAUUGUCGAUUGUCUGCUGAUCUCUAUUCCUCAAGAUACCGAGGUUCCUUGAGCUCGAUACCAUCGCCAGGAUUAGAAGUCGUCAGUGGUCCACCAAGAAGACACUCUUGGAGAACAACAGCAACUUCUUUUGAUGCAUGGAGAGUUCCUGUUGCUACUUCUACACCUAGACCAACCUGGUCAUCUAUGCCAUCUUCUCCCACUCAUGUUCAUCCUCCUGCAACGUCCUCGAGAUCAUCGAAGAAUGUACCAAAGAGAACACGCUCUAAAGUCACUUUUCAAGAGUGUCCAAUGACGCGUGGCAGUUUACCUAACUUGCGCUCAGACAUAGUAGGUGCCGGUGACAAUAGCGGAGAUUCAACGGAAUCUCUGAUAGACGAGGCGGAGGAUUAUUUGCGUCGAAGUAUUGAUUCUAUGCUGACCAUUUCGAGUACCAGUGCUAGUACGGAUUAUUGGACCAGACAAAUAGCAGCCAGGAGGAGAAGAACUCGAAGGCACUCCGAACCUGAUCUUGCACGCGAAUGGACUCCCCCUCAGGAUGCGAGACCCUACCUACCAAAGAUACCAAGAGAUCUGAAGUUAGAUCAUCUUGUCAAAGUAAUUUCACCGGAAGGAAGAGUCCUUCAAGGUCGUGUCAGAUACGUCGGUCCAGUUCCUGGUCGAGAGGAUUCUCACGUAGGUGUUGAAUUACCGAACGUCACUGGUUCCUCCGAUGGCACAUUUCACGGUAGAAGAUUUUUCGAUUGUGAACCAGAUCGUGCGAUUUUCGUACCGUUUAAAAAGGUGGUCUUGGCUUGGUGCAACGCCUGACCCGAUGUGUCCACGCCCAAAGUAACACCGAAAAUUUUACUAUCACAGUAUACAAUGUAAAUGUGGAUACAACGGUAUGUACGUAGAGCACAAGUUUUGCUAUGAAAUUUCUAUAUCGUUGAGCGCGUAAUAUAAUGUCUCUCUCAAGUAUUAUUCUUUUUUUUUCCAAUGUGAUAGAUUUUCGUAAGUAAAAAUAAUUAUAUAAAAAAAAAACCAAUAAAGUAUCAUUUUAUUAUUUCUUACUCGUUUACAUUAAAAAAGAAAUCAAAAAGAAAAAAGAAAAAAAAAAGAAA